AUUUUUUUACGAACUCUUAAUUCGAAAUAUUGAAAAAUGAACUUCAAAUUCAUCCUUGCUUUGAUUGCUUUUGCUUGCGUUGCUAACGUCGCUAAUGCUCAAGUUGUCUCUGAAGUACGUUCAGCCACCUCCGUGGUCCGCUCUGUUGUAACCUCUGUCGUUCAAACCACCAGCACAAACUCUGCCACCGCCUCAGCCACAUCCACCUCUUCUCAAGCCACAACCAACUCUCCUCAAGCCACAUCCACCACUACUCAAGGACGUUUCGCCUCCGUUACUUCAGCCAUUGCUCAUCCUACUUCCACAGCUGGUUCCAAUAACAACAACAACAACAAUAAUCAUGCCAAUGCUGCUAUGUCCUUGGAUGCCGGUUUGUUGCAAGCUGUUGUGGUUGGUUCUGCUGUUAUUGCUGGCUCUUUCUUGCUCUAAAUAAGUCGCGUUUUCGUCAAAUGUGAUCACCCUACUUUCCAUACGUUGGUGUGCAUAAAUUUUAUUUUUUUUAGUAUUAUAUUCUUAAUAAUCACAGGUUAAUAUUUAAAAGACUACAUUUUCUAACUGAUUUACACGUAAUUUAUAAAAAAUUUGGGACCAAAGACCCAUUAACGAAAUAUUAUUUGUCAAGAGGGCUAGUGACAAGCUCUCUUUAUUGUAUGAGUUAAUAAAAAAUAAUAUCGAUUAGAAUGGCAUGAUUAGUAGUAUUUUCCAGCAAUUUUAUACGUGGGAUUGAAAUAUAGCAAGAGAUUUAUUACAGGGAAAGAGUAUAUACAUAGAAAACUUUAGAAUAGGAAAGGUUGGAAAGUUGUUUCUUACAUAUUUGGGUAUCAAUGCGUAUUAUUAUUUUUUUCUUUUCUUUUUUUUUUUUUGUUUU